AUGGCGAGGUACGAUAGAGCAAUCACAGUUUUCUCGCCGGACGGCCACCUCUUCCAGGUGGAAUACGCCUUGGAAGCUGUCCGCAAGGGGAACGCCGCGGUCGGCGUCAGGGGCACGGACACCAUUGUUCUCGGUGUCGAGAAGAAGUCCACGGCCAAGCUCCAAGACUCCAGAUCAGUUAGGAAAAUUGUUAGUCUGGAUAAUCACAUUGCAUUGGCCUGUGCUGGCCUCAAAGCGGAUGCUCGUGUCCUUGUAAACAGGGCAAGAAUUGAAUGUCAAAGUCACAGGCUUACUGUUGAGGAUCCCGUAACUGUCGAAUAUAUUACACGUUACAUUGCUGGUCUUCAACAGAAGUACACACAGAGUGGUGGUGUGAGGCCUUUUGGUCUUUCAACUUUGAUUGUGGGCUUUGACCCUUAUACUGGUGUGCCAUCACUUUAUCAGACAGAUCCAUCAGGUACAUUUUCUGCAUGGAAAGCUAAUGCAACAGGGAGAAACUCUAAUUCAAUGCGUGAGUUUUUGGAGAAAAAUUAUAAAGAAACCUCUGGGCAAGAAACUAUCAAGCUUGCAAUUCGUGCCUUGCUUGAACCACUAGUUGGUCCUGUGGUGAAAACUUACACUAACCAGCAUGAGAAAGCUAUUUAA